UGAAAAAUUGAUAGUAUAAUAAUUAUCUAGAAAUACUGACGUAUGUUGGCUAGUGUCCAAACCGAUAUAGCAUUGUUAAUUUUUUUUAACGUUAUUGCUUGUAUUAUUUGAAAAAAUGAAAUAUUUACUCAUAAAAAUUGUUUUAUCACUUGGAUUAGGUAGUGUCACGUCGACGGGGAUAGGAAUACAGACUGAUACUGACAUUCAAGGAAAAAUGGGAGUUUUGUGCAUCGACGGGCCGCAGGAUACUGACUACCCGACUUGUGAAUGUUUACGUAAAGUUCCAAUUUUUGGUAAUUUAGCUAUCGGACCACCAGAUAUUCCGUAUUUAGGUGAUGUUCAAGGUUUUACUGACGAUGACGCAAUUCCUUAUAUUUCUAGUGAUGAUGAUUUGAUAAUACCUACUGGUUCUGUAACAAUCGACGGAUUAGAGUGCGAAGAUGAAAGUGGAGAGCAAAUAGAAUUAGAUCCUCGAAUAAUUUACAUGUUAAAUAUCGAAGUCACCGAUUUCAGCGGGAAAAGUAAUUCAUACGUCAAAAUUGACGACUUAGAUAACGAUCAAACGAAAAUAAGUUACAAAAAAUCAAUCACUAGGACAAAACCAUUGAACAUCGAAUCUGGGAGUGUGUCAGUCGACGGUGAGGAAAUCCAUAAAAUUGGUCCGGAUGCCAAAGAAAAUUUUUGCGGGCCUUUUGCAUUGAAUUCCAUCGAAGAUAACAUGUGGCAAAUUCUUAACAAUGUGGUGCUAAAUGGACAGGGAUGUCCAAUGAAAAAAGGAACUUCCGUUAUGGUAAAAAAAAAAUUUCCCAUAACAUUAAUAUUUGACAAGCCUCUCAAAUGUGGCGAAUACAAGAUGGACAUCCGUGUCCAAACCCCCGAAGAUGAUGAGACCUUCUCCAUUGGGGCAGAGUGGACAGUAUCCGAAAAUUUGCAUUGCGAACAAUAAUCGGUUUCCAAAAUUUCAUUGAUGAAAUAAAAAAUUAUCGCACUUGAAGUCAUGUCUACUUAAAUUAAAUUAUUUAAAUGUAAUUUUUAUGGAUCAAUAAAUUAUUUAAAAUCGA